AUGCUUGAGUAGGAAUAGGUUUUAAGAAUACAUGGAAAACAGAGUCUAUUUAUUAAGAAUUAACAUUCAGAGAGCUGGAAGAAUAUUAAAAAUAAAAAUCUUAUGAAAGAUGAAUCUUGUUGGACUGAAUCAGAAAAUAAAAUAGAAGUUAAUUCCUAAUCAAAAGAAUAAUUUUAAAAUGUAUUUGAUCAGCAAAUUGAGAACUAAGAAAUAGAUAAGCAAUAAGUUGACAUUAGUCAUGAAUUAAACAAAAGAAAUUGUAGAUUAUCACAAAAUAAUCCAAUAUUUUCAUAAUAGUCAAGACAUAUGAGUAGGCUUUAUUAUAAUGCUAAUAACAUUAAUGAUGAACUAAGUUAAAGGAGUGAUAAUAUAGAUGCCUAAUUAUUCAAUCAGACUGCGCGAUAGCAGCAUAUUCUAGAAACAGACAGUUAAUUCUAUUCAUACUUUAAAAAAAACUAGCAAUAGAUAAAUUAAAACAAUGAAUAGCUUUAAUUAUUAAAGAAGAAUUUAAUUUUUAUGACUAAACUGAAAAUAAGAAUGUCUAACUUCUACAAGUUAUUAACUAACAUUACAAGAAACAGAUCUUAUCUAUUUAUAAUUGCACAUACAAUUGCUUGUCUUUGGUAUUUGCUAGGUUUAGUAGAAUUAAGAUAUUUAGGAGUAGAAAAAACUUGGUUUGAUGAGAGUAUUGGAGCAGACUUAAUUUGGUGGAAGCUCUAUCUCGCAGCUUUUUAUUGGACAUUAACAUUAAUGACAACAGGCUCAAAUGUAAGUACAACAGUGUUACAAACAUUUUAUACUUCCUUUAUCAUGCUUUUCAUUAGUAUCGCAUUCGGCUAUAUUUUAAGUGUAAUAGGUCUUAUAUUAGCAGAAAUGGCCAAAUAACAAGAAAAUCAAACAAGAGACAUUCGAACUAUCAAUGAAUAUAUGAAAUAAAGAAAUAUUUCAAAUAAUUUAAAAGCUAGAGUCAACUAAAAUUUAUUGCAUUAUUACCAAAAAAAUUUUAAGCAAUAAUAGAUUGAAAACGAUCAAGUACUUUGUAGGAUAUCUGGUGAAUUAAAGGAUUCUCUUCUUUCAGAAUAUAAUAUGAAAAUCCUUGAAAAAAUUUCAUUUUUAUCAAAAAAUUUUAGUGAAUAAACUAUGUAUUAAAUUUCUCUGUGCUUAAAGGAAGAAUAUUAUUUCCCUAAUUAAAUCAUACAAUUUGAAAAAGAUGUAUAAAAUCAGUCAUUGAUGAUUAUAAUAGAGGGUUAAGUUGAGAUUGAUUUAUAUCCAAAUUCUUAAAUUAAAUAGCAAAAUAUUAUUUAAUUACUGAAUCCUGGCGAUGUAUUUGGCUAAUUUAGCUUGUUUACUGGUUAGGCAUAAUAAUUUAGUACUAAAUCUACUGAUUUUACAAAGAUUAUGAGAUUAGAUAGAUAAGAUUUGAUAGAAAUAGUAAAGAAAAAUGAUAGUGAGUAUCAAAAAUAUUGUGAGAUAAAAGAUAAAAUUCUUUUUAAAAACGGAUAUUAAAAUGUUGAUUUAAAAUGCUUAGUUUGUAAUAGCUCUACUCAUUUAUUUCAAAAUUGCACUAACAUAAGUUUAAAUAAGAAAGGAAUACUGAUUAAGAUAAAGAUUUUAGAAUCAGAUAAACAGAAAAGAUAAAAAUUUAAUAGAAAAUAGAGCCAUACUUCAACACCUUUGAUACUUGUUAAAUAUUAAACAUCUUUAUCAAAGCGUCUUUAAUAAUAAUUAGAGUUUGAAAAAUAGUUUUCAGGUUAAUCUUAAUCAGAAAAUUCCUCAUCAGAUUCCUCUUAAGAAAAUUAAUAAGAAGAUAUGGUUAGUUUACUUUAGAAUACGUUAAAAAGAUAAAGUGAAACAUUUAAGAUUGAAUCAGAUUUAAAUACUUAGUAAUUUAUUGAUAAACUCAAUAGUUAUAGAAGAAAUUCAUAAUUUAUUAAAUUUAACACGCAAGAUUUAGAAGAAAUAAUAUUGUAGGCAGAUUCUAAAAAAGUUUUAAAGAUAGAAAGAGAAGAAAACAAAGAAACUAGCAGCAGUAAUAUUGAAAACAACAUCUAAGAACAUGACAAUAUUCAUAGCAUAGUAAUUGAAAAUAAUAAUCAAGAGCUUCAGUAGCAAGGUAUUAUAUCAAAAAAUAAAAAGACUACUUUCCAUAUAAGCAAUUACACUGACUAACAAAAAUAAAAAAUUGUGAAAAAGCUGCUUGGAACUUUAGAAUCUUCAUAAAGAUAUGCUAGAUAGGCUUCAUCUGAAAAAAGAAGAUAAGGAAUUCAUGACAUUUUGGUAAAUAUAAUUGAAAAAAAUGAAUAAUCUCAUCCUACUAAUAAUUUUGCAAAAGCGAAUAAUUAAGAAGUUCUAUAGUAAGCUUAGGAAUUUAGUGAUUGGACAUUUGAUUGCCAAAAAGAUUAUGAAUUUUAUUUCUCUUACUCUAAUUUUAAAUAAGUGUUAACAAAGUUUUAGAAAUUUUAAUUGAGGAAAGCAAAAUAAUAACGAAGAUAAAUAAAGGAAUUUAUCAAAGAAAAAACUAAAAAUGUAAAGUGA